AUGCUCCACCAAGGCCAAGGAAGCCACACACAUUUCAACGAUGAAGAAGAGGAGGAAGAGGAGCCACAAGCUCGAUCGAGUGAGCCGCAAGAGGCAACCCCAGUUGCAUGGAGCGCUCCUGAUGGCCGUCUCCCAUCUCCAGACCACGACCUAGUCUCCCAGUCUUUUGGAGCAUUCUGGAGCAUAUGGGACAAAGGAGCAUGGAGGGACUUGGCACAUGGAAGCAGCUCAACUGGAUACGCAAAGGAAGAAGGGAGAAGCCAUCUUGAAGACCAGCUCGACCGUCCACUCGACCAACCGGUCGAGUUCCUCAACUCGACCGGCCAAGCUUCAACUCGAUCGAGCUGGAAGUCAAAGUCAAACCCGAAAAAUGUUGCUUCCCCCUUGACUUCCUUUGACCCUAAACCUAAUCCUCUUUGUAUUUAA